AUGUUCCAGUUCGUCCAGAGGCACAUCCACGACCACCUGAUGGAGCGCAUAAUCCACCGGACUCGUCUGGUGACCAAAGAUGGCCGCUGCAACAUUGAGUUUGGCAACAUCGAGUACCACAACCAAUUUGCCUACCUGGGGGAUUUCUGGACGACGGUUGUGGAGAUCCGCUGGCGUUUUGUCCUCCUCCUCUUCGUCGCCUCCUUCACAGGCAGCUGGUUCGUCUUCAGCCUUCUGUGGUACUGGAUUGCCAAGAGCAAUGGUGAUCUGAUUGGACAGAACCGCACAGACAGCCACGUCCGUUGUAUAGACAAUGUCAAUGGACUCACCACGGCUUUCCUGUACUCCUUGGAGACCCAGACAACAAUUGGUUAUGGUGGACGGGCACUCACUGGGCACUGCCCUGCCACCGUGGCCCUCAUUGUCGUCCAAUCCCUCAUUGGCGUCUUUGUCAACUGCUUCAUGUGUGGGGUGAUCCUGGCCAAGAUCUCCCUUCCCAAGAAGAGGGCAAAGACAGUGACCUUCAGUAACACAGCGGUCAUCUGCCUGAAGAAGGGCAGCCUGUGCCUGCUUAUCCGAGUGGCCAACCUCCGCAAGACCUUGCUCAUCGGGAGCCAAAUCUACGGCAAGCUGCUUAGGACAACUGUCACGCCGGAAGGUGAGACUAUAAUUCUCGACCAGGUAGGCAUUGACUUUGCAGUGGACGCUGGCAAGGACAACCUGUUUUUUGUCUGCCCGCUGACAUUGUACCACAUCAUCGAUAAGGCCAGUCCGUUUUACGACAUGUCAGCGGACACCCUCCAGCAGCAGGACUUUGAGCUGGUGGUCUUCCUGGACGGGAUGGCCGAGUCCACCAGCUCCGCCUGCCAGGUACGGACCUCCUUCAUCCCCCAGGAGGUCCAAUGGGGAUACAGCUUCCUGCCCAUCAUCUCCCGCACCAAGACAGGCAAGUACCGUGUGGACUUCUCCAACUUCUCCAGAACCGUGCCGGUGACGACCCCACACUGUGUCCAAUGCUUUCAGAGUGAUCCAGACCAACGCAACCACAACAAUAACCAAAACAACCACCACAGGAAGCUAGGUAUUGACAACCCCGGAUUCGAAGUGAUUGACAUUCAAGACACAAUGGAUAUCACAAAAAUGUGA